CACGCUUGCCCUGCCUCGUUGCCCUGCCCUGCCCUGCCCUGCCUCGUUGCUCCACACUUCACCUUCACCUUCACCUUCACCUCGCAUCACCUCACCUCACCUCACCCUCCUCCCUCUCUCUCACCUCUCUCGCCCUUUCAACCUCUAACCUUGCGCCAGUCACUCGUUUACCUUCCUCGCCCUCCGCCCUCGACACCACCUGGUUCCUCUUCCUUUGUCUCCACCUUGCCGCCGCCGUCGCCAUCCCCAACCAAGUCGAGUGCUCCCUUCCACAUCGCCGGCCGGUGUAUCUACGUCGCUGCGCCGGCCGCUCUCCUCCUCCUUAACCCUCUCCCACCAUGGCCACCAUUACCAAGCGAGACAUCGAGAACGUGGUGCGAACCAUUUUCCGCCGUUGCCAGCUGUGCGAUGACACCACCCCUACAUGUGCCGGCAUCGAAUGCCCCGAGGGCCAGCAAUGUGUCCAACUCUCCACCACGUGCGAUACCUGUGCCAUGGCAUUGUGCCGAACCGACCCCAACAGCGCAGCCGGCCUCGCGCCGCCAGUCGAGCAGAAGAAGACCAAUGUCGGUGCCAUUGCCGGCGGCGCUGUCGGAGGCGCUUUGGCCCUGGCCAUUAUCCUGUUCCUCUUCUACAAGUUCUGUCUGAAGGGCAGGAGGCAGAGAUACCACGAGGAGAACUGGCAGGCCGCAGAGAUGACGAUGCAUGAAAAGGGUCACAACGACGUCGCCUCGCACCGGAGUACCCGCGCCUCCACCUAUACCGUUGCCUCGAUGGCCUCGUCCGUCCUCACCCGCGCAUCCAACAUCAUCCAGAUCGCCUACAUCCCCGGUGUCACGAACCGAUCCGGCCCUGGCUCGCCCGAUGUCCUCGUUCCUCCUGUCCCGCCUAUCCCCGCCAUGUCUCCCUCCUCCCGCAACACGGGCUAUUCCGAGCAGCAUUUCUUCGUGCCCGACAACUUCCGCAACUCGACAGCCUCCGGCUCCACCGCCGACGUCCGCUCCAGUUACGCUCGCACUAGUCUUGCGCCCAGUCUGGCCACCACCAGGGCAAGCGUCGCAUCCACCGUCUACCGACAAAACGCCAUCGUCUCCCCGCUCCCCGCCCAGACCAUCGUCCGAGGAAAGGCGGCCGUCGUUAGCGUCAAGUCGAGCGGCUCCAACAGUCCCAUCGAUACCCCCACCUCGUCCACUCCUCCGGUUCCCAUCAUCGACCCCAAGCACAAUGCAAAGACGCUUCGUGUUCAGAUGCCCGCGCAGGGGAAUUCCAAGCUGAGCCCGUCCAAUUCGGUUCGAAGCACGGCUACGCUGGGCAAGGUGCGCGCUCUCAACAUUACCAAGAGGAAGAACAGCGACGCGACCCCUCCCAAGAGCUCCGAAUCCGACAAGAGCGAACUCACCAACUCGGACACCCUCGUCCCCACGCCUCGUCCCCUCACCGAAGUCUCUGUAGCCUCUACCGACGAUGGCAUGCACGGUCGUGCGCAACGAGCCGGGGAGGUGGAUUCCGAUUCCGACUUGGAUUCUGAUGACGAUCAUUCUCGCGCCCGUCGCUCCCUUCUGCGCAACAGCGCAGCCACGUCGGAGUUGUCCACGUCCCCCGACUCCACCAACUCGCCCUUCUCGGAUGCGCAUUCCAGCAUCUCGUCGUUUGAUCGUCCGCAGUUGGAAACGAGGUUCACGAGCAACAGCGGCGGACUCUAUGCGCCACCCAUGACGCCUAUCCAGGAAGAGUCAAAUAAGCGCGCUAGCGACAGCAACAGCAGCAAGCGAGGCCAAAGUCCGUUUGCUGACGAGAACAAGAGCGAUCUCAAAUGA